AUGGCAGAAGUCGCUCCCAGGAAGAAAUCUUUUGGGUUUCUAAACCCAUUCAAGACCAAAAAUGACAGCAGUCGUUCUGGUUCAAAGGCAAAUUCAAUCUCAGACCUAUCAGUCGAAGAGCUCAAAGUCCCAGUAAAACUGAAAUCUACCAACAAACUGCGCAAAAAAUCUUCCCCAGCAGUGCCUGCCCACAGCUCUGCGGCAAAUGCAACCAAGAACAGCAUCAAACAGUCUCGACAGACGCGAAACGCUUCAUUCCCAGCAAUUUCCGUCGCAGAUGAAUGGGAAAGGGACGAGCAAACUGGUGAACGCAAAGAUCACACAGACCUGCUGCAUAGCCUGGCUCAUCGAGAGUCCGACGAGUCCCUUGCAGAGAGGACUGAACUGCUAUUUCGAAAUAUACCCUCGGUGCCGGGGUCAAGAUUCUUAUCAAGACUUCCUUCAUACGUAUGGAAACAAAUAGUGGAAUCCCUGCCACUCGCUGAUGCUGCAAGUCUGGCUCUGUCUUGCAAGGCCUUUUGCAAUCUGAUCGGUACUUCCGUCUGGACUGCUCUGAAUAAUGGCGACAAUUUCCAUGCCAAAACCGAUUUCCUCGGUCGUCUUGACAAAGAUCUCCCUGACCACCUUCUGUGUUUUUCAUGUGCCAUUUACCACGUUAGGAGUCAAAAGGGAAACGAAACGUUGCGACCGACCAACAUUGCAAAUCCUUUAUUUAAUUGUCCCAACGCAUUCAAUCUAGAGAAACGCAUUUCUCGAAACCGAUUGACGGUCGGCCGCACAUUACCAUUUCCAUUCUUACAGCUUGUGCUGAGAGCGCACAAGUACUCCGCAGAUCACGGCGUUGCGAUAGACUCGUUGGCGCGCAGAUACACAGACCGAGAUGGAGGAUGGACGCAUCAGACACGUUUUGUUGUCGUGAACAAUCACCUAUUGGUGCGCGUCAUCAGUUCAUCGUUCGCUACACCUGCACUUCCCCCGGCAGGCCUAAGGAAGCUUCUCUACUCUCACAACGAUAAUUUCAACCCAUACUUUUCUGUUUGUGCGCACUGGAGAGACGGUAAUCUCAUGCCAGCCGUUAAAUGCGCCCUCAGCCAUAUUCCGAAGCCUCCGGAUAGCGGAGGAGUGGUGGGCGUUGCAGAAAAGGUCAAGCUUCAUUUACACCCUCAAAACCCCCUGAUCACACUUUGUCCGGAAUGUCGACCAAUGCGUAGAUGUCCAGAAUGUCCGUCUGAAUAUCUCAUCGAAUUAAGGAUGCAGGAAGAUAAAAGCGACCCGCGCAAGCUCUUCAAGUAUGCCAUCGUUGUCACUCGAUGGUGCGAUCUGGGCGAUGGAUCUUCGCCGCAGAGUCCUGAAUGGUCAGCUUGUAAUGGAGAGGGUACCUUUGAUUCAUUUACGGCCCUGGGAAGGAGAGCAAUAUCAGGGGUUUUCGAGUCGCAAUUCACUGUGGACCAAAUUCCCGGUCAGAAGAUUGUGUCGAUGAAUCCAAGCAAGGAGAAGCGCGGCGAAGCAGGACAUGACUGGUACUGA